AUGUUCCGCUUUCACAAAACUCUUGAUAUCAUUACCCUCUUCCAUAAGGCAGGCUCACCGGCCUCCACAAGAGCGGCAACUCUCCUAAAGCAGGUUUCAGCCAAUGCCACAGAGACAGCAACUGAAGAUCAAGCCAGUGAUCAUUCUCACCAGACGCAUCCCAAGCGCUCUCGUCAGGAAUUUGAAUUGAACAUCACUGAGGAUCCUCCCACUGUCGACCAACUCAAGACUAUUCUAGAGUACGUCGGCAAAAAUAAGAUCGGCUCUAUCGUUCAAGGCGCCUCGACAGAGAAUGAGGCCCUGAAGAAGUUCAGAGAGAGCAAGGAGAACUUCAAAUGGCCUGUAAUUGUCGACUGGAACAAUGGAAAGGCUGUUGCUAGCGACAAGGAGUCAGAGAUACUCAAGAUGUUAGAGCAGGAGAGUAGCAAGGAGUAA